AUGCUAGUACCGCGACGGGCCACAUUUGCCAUCGAACUGGGGCUUUACCCCCUCGUCAUCGCCGCGAUCGUCCUGGUCAUAUCGAAACACUGGCGACGGAAGAACGUGGAAUGGCUCGCCCCCGGCGUCCCCAUCAUCAUAAUGUCGGCGAUGCGUAUCGCAAGCGCUUCGCUUGGCCUGGCGUCAGAUGGAGUGCCCUCGAGACCCGAUCUUUUAGCCCAGUCUGCUAGGAUCGACACCGUGCUCAUAGGUCCGCUGGUGUUGACCCUCGUCGGUCUGCUCAAGGCAGCGAACGCCCCUGUGCCGAGCGGAUACCGCUCACCGUACAUCAUCCCCAUGCAAAUCGUCGGUGUGAUGGGCGCAGUAUUGGCCGGGGUCGGCAGUGUUCAGGUCUUUGGAGGUGCGUCGACGGACGGGCUGCAGGCCACAGGUCACACCUUGAUGCGCACCGGUGUCCUCGCCCUGCUGAUUCCGGUGUACCUCCUGACGAUCGGACUGGCCGUCGCUUCGCUAUACAACGUAUCCUUCCGGUUCUACCGCACCGAGACGAACAUGAUAGUGUGUCUGCUGUCCUGUACGCCUUUCGUACUGGUCCGAAUCGUCUACUCAACCAUCUCGCUGUUCGCGAGCGAAGGUUCGGUGUUUAGGCUACUCACGGAAGACACGGGUGCUGUUGGGCUUCAUUUUGCUAUGGUGGUUCUUGUUGAAUUGGUCGUCACUUUCAAUGUGUGCGUUACGGGAAUGCUGGCGGCGGGACUGAAGGGCGAAAUUGACCCUCCCGUCGAUCUGAAGGAGCUGAACGAUAUAAUUAGUGUCAAAGCCAUAUGA